CCACCGCCUAAGGGCUUCCACAUCCUUGGUCUCUUCAGACUUUCAUCCCCACCACAAUUACUCCAAUAAAUUACUGUCAUCCCCAAAUCUAUAACUGGAAACUGAGGCUCAGGAAGGAGACACGACUUCUACAAAAUCACAAAGUUGGGAAACCUGGAAUCUGGACUCAAUUGAUCUGCAAACGGAACUCUCAGAGACUUCACUCCGAGGUCAGAUUCUCAGGCCAGGUCCUGAAGUUUGCGACCUUGGCGAAAUGCGCUUUCCUUGACUCAGCACCCGCGGGUGAAGCGGAGCCAAGCCCUGAGCAGAAGAGUUUUCUUCCCAGCUGAAGAGACAGCUCAGCCUAGACCCCAGGCCUGGCACUGGACACCCCUGCUGUGGAAACGUGCAGAUUGAGAUGGACAGGAUUCCUAACCUGCGCAGGAUCCGAGUUUGGAGAGAUUGGCGUGAAGCUUUAGCAGCCAUGCCCGAUUCCUGUAUAGCCGCAACUGGGUUUCUAAGCUUCUAGGGAAGAAGGACUGGGCCCAGGAGCCCCUGAGCAACCCCCAGGUUGGGGACUGGUGGAGUAUCAGAGCCUCCACGACUCGUUUGUCUCGGUCUCACCCACUUAAACUCUCGGGGUCUCUCCGCCUGUUGCUGCCUGCGUUUCUCUGCCCCUGACGCUCUAAGCUUUCUGCUUUCUGCGUGUCUCUCAGCCUCUUUCAGUCCCUCUCUCACCGUCUCACUCUCUCAGCUCUGUGCCCCCAGUGACUUGCCUCUCUCCAAAUCUCUCGCGACCUGAUUUCUACACCCGCUCUAACCCUGGGUCCCCCACAAAGCAGGGGACAGAAGAGUACUCAACGACAGCUCAGUGCCGGUGCUCCCGAGCGGCAGAAAGUUCCGGUCACCUCCUGCCGCUUGGGUUGGGCGAAGCCAGGACCGUGCCGCGUCCCUGCCAGGAUAUGGAGCUACUGUCACCACCGCUCCGCGAUGUAGACCUGACGGGCCCUGACGGCUCUCUCUGCUCCUUUGCCACAACGGACGACUUCUAUGACGACCCGUGUUUCGACUCCCCGGACCUGCGCUUCUUCGAGGACCUGGACCCGCGCCUGAUGCACGUGGGCGCGCUCCUGAAACCCGAAGAGCACUCGCACUUCCCCGCGGCAGCGCACUCGGCCCCGGGCGCGCGUGAGGACGAGCAUGUGCGCGCGCCCAGCGGGCACCACCAGGCGGGCCGCUGCCUACUGUGGGCCUGCAAGGCGUGCAAGCGCAAGACCACCAACGCUGACCGCCGCAAGGCUGCCACCAUGCGCGAGCGGCGCCGCCUGAGCAAAGUAAAUGAGGCCUUUGAGACACUCAAGCGCUGCACGUCGAGCAACCCGAACCAGCGGUUGCCCAAGGUGGAGAUCCUGCGCAACGCCAUCCGCUAUAUCGAGGGCCUACAGGCUCUGCUGCGUGACCAGGACGCCGCCCCCCCUGGCGCAGCCGCCGCCUUCUACGCGCCGGGCCCUCUGCCCCCAGGCCGCAGCGGCGAGCACUACAGCGGCGACUCUGACGCGUCCAGUCCGCGCUCCAACUGCUCCGACGGCAUGAUGGACUACAGCGGCCCCCCGAGCGGAGCCCGGCGGCGGAACUGCUACGAAGGCGCCUACUACAGCGAGGCGCCCAGCGAACCCAGGCCCGGGAAGAAUGUGGCGGUGUCGAGCCUAGACUGCCUAUCCAGCAUCGUGGAGCGCAUCUCCACCGAGAGCCCUUCGGCGCCCGCGCUCCUGCUGGCGGAGGCGCCUCCGGAGUCGCCUCCGCGCGUGCCAGAGGCUGCCGCCCCCAGCGAGGGAGAGAGCGGCGACCCCACCCAGUCCCCGGACGCCACCCCGCAGUGCCCUGCGGGUGCGAACCCCAACCCGAUCUACCAGGUGCUCUGAGGGGCGGGUGGCCACACACCCGCCCGAGGGAUGGUGCCCCUAGGGUCCCUCGCGUCCAAAAGAUUGAGCUUAAAUGCCCCCUCCCAACAGCGCUUUAAAAGCGACCCUUCCCGAGGUGGGAGAGGCUAGAUAACUGAAGUUUUCCGCCCCCCGCCCCCCAGGGCAAGGACACAGCGCGGUUUUUUUCCGCACAGCACCCUUCCUGGAGCCCCAUUGCGAUGGCCGCUCAGUGUUCCUCGGUGGGCCAGGGCUGAAUCUUUAGGGCUAGGUUCAGCUUUCUUGCGCCCUCCCCCAUGGGGGUGAGACCCUAGCAGACCUAAGCCCUGCUCCUGGAUGCAUCGGUCAUUUGAGGGGCGUGAGGCCCAGGUGCAUUCCCGUCCCAAUUGUAGCAGGUGUAACCGUAACCCACUCCACCCUCAUCUAGUUCCCCGGUUCAGGACCACUUUUUGUAAUACUUUUGUAAUCUAUUCCUGUAAAUAAGAGUUGCUUUGCCAGAGCAGGAGCCCCUAGGGCUGUAUUUAUCUCUGAGGCAUGGUGUGUGGUGCUACAGGGACUUUGUACGUUUAUACCGCAGGCGGGCGAGCCGCGGGCGCUCGCUCAGGUGUUCAAAAUAAAGACGCUAAUUUAUACUGC